AUGCCAUCUCGCGCAGAAGAAAUCUUCAAAGGUUUCCAAAUAAAUUGGAUUAAUCUGAGAGAUGCUGACACGGGAAAAAUUUUGUGGCAGGGAAACGAAGACUUGUCAGUACCAGAUAUUGAACACGAAGCUCACGUUCCUAAAAAAAUCCUAAAAUGCCGUGCAGUCUCCAGGGAAAUUAAUUUCAGCACAUCCGAACCUAUGGAAAGAUUCAGAUUGGAACAAAAAGUUCUAUUUAAAGGACGUUGUUUGGAAGAGUGGUUCUUUGAACUCGGUUUUGUCAUUCCCAAUAGCACUAACACUUGGCAAAGUUUAUUCCAAUCUGCUCCUGAAAGCCAAAUGAUGCCUGCUAAUGUCUUAAAUGGAAACAUGGUGAUAGAAACUAAAUUCUUUGAUGAUGAUCUACUUUUGGCAACAAGUAAACUAAGAUUAUUUUACGUAUAAAAUAAAAUAAUUUUAUACCAAGAAAUCUGUCAGUAGUCGGAAAUGCACAUUUGUCUUGAGCUAAGCUAUGAAUUUAUUCACAAUGUAAAUAUAAACGUAAGUACGAUGUCCUUUGUAAAUUCAUACAACAGUCACUAAGAGUCGAAUCACUGUUAUUAACUGUAAUUUUUUGUCUACUUUGUAAGUAUGUGAUAUUUAUAAAAAAAACUAUUAUUAAUAAAAAAUAGGUAAUUUAGGUAAUAGUAUAGUAUACAUUAUUCUUAGGAAGUUCAUUAUCUAUGUAUGUAUUUAAAUGUAUGUAUAUAUUUUAACUGUUGAUGUCUUGAAUUUACGUUCAGCAACAAAAUAAGUACUAUUUCUUAUGAAA